AUGCCUGUCCAAACAGCAGGAUUGGAGGUUAUGGAUGAAGAUGGGUUAAUUGAAGAAGUCUUGGAUAAGUUUGUAAAAUGUCAUGAGCAAACCUACGAAGAAUUUCUGAGCACUUUUACUCAUCUCUCAAAAGUGGAUAUUGGAACCCAAAAGAGAGCAUUUGGAACUGAUUCUUCAGAAAAGGUAUUUGCCUCUGUAAAAUUUACUUGUAAACCAGAACCAAAUGACUUUCAUCUUAGAAAUAAACCCAUCUUUCGUCGUACUUCAUCACAGUGUCCAGAAGAGGAACAGAUCGUGAUGAAUGAAAAUUGGAGAGUUGACAGUUCUUUUCAAGGUGAUCUGAGUCGGGCAGGAAAGCUUAAGGUAGACAAUUUCUUAGAUUUAGAAGAUUUGAACAUAGAAGAUAUUAAGCCCCAAAUAAGCAACGAUUUGCUGCUGCUCCUUCCUGGAGAAGUGGAACAGGACAUGCGCGAUGAUGCUCCUUCUUGCAUGCCUUCAGCGGGCCAGCUUCUUACCCCUGAAGUCAUGCCGAGGACCACCACAAGUGGAGCUGGCAAACCAAUGGAAGAGUGUCUGGGAGAUGAAGUUCAGCCCUUCUCACUUGAUGAAGAAUUUGAUUAUGACAAUGUGACGCUAACCCCUAAGUUCACUUCUGCAGAAAUAAACACCAUUAAACAGCUCUCUCAGAAAAAGAAUGAGAACACCAACACAGACUUAGAGGGACCCCAGAACUGA